AUGGGCACUGGUGAAGUGAAGUGGCGUCCCGAUCUGGGCGAUGUUGCCGGUGUGUGCCGUGUCCUUUUCGACGAACCGUUGCAGCAGGAGGAAAGCCGGCGCUUCGCACGCGCCGAGCUGGAAAAGUUUCAAACUACCUUCUCCCACACUUGGAACUAUGAUUUCGUCAACGAUGCACCUUUGGAGGGUCGUUACGAGUGGACUAGAGUGUCCAAUUCGGACCCCGAAGAAUAUGCAGCAUCACGAAAAGACAGUGCAAUAUCCUGCUCUCCUUUGCACCUCAAAGCUAGGGAGAAUGCUGUACCUAGUCUACACGCAGAAAAACAGCCCAAGCUAACAGGAGGAGUGCAAAUUGCACUGACAGCAGAACUGUUCACAUCAUCCAAUGGUGGACAUCCAUCUUCGACAAGCAAGACGACUUGUACAGACUACUACUAG